GCAAUUCAUCGCUCGCUUGUUUCGGAGCAGGGAUUGCUUGUAGCUGACUGGCCAGUAUGGCUUCUUACGUUUGCGCGUGCUUAAUGAAACGUACCCCACCUGUACACUGAUGAUUGGUUCUGCAGCAUCGUGGACCAACAGCAAAUCACAAUCGAGUGUACAUCUCUCUGCCAUAAAACUUGAAAGGUACAAAAGCGCGCUCGUCAAUACUCUCGUCGGUACAAACUCCUGUAGCCCAGCCCGAGAUUCCAGAUACCGGUGGUCAUGGUCUUCGUAUAGCUGCACAUGCCUAAAUCCCAUUAUAUUACUGGAAACUGUCAGCAUGUACAUGCAUGUAGAAGUCCAGAGUUCCAGAGCUGAAGCAUCUGCGAAAUCUCACUGAGCUGAAGAGUCUCAGAAUAGCUCUCACUUCUGUUUCCGUGUCCAAAUGAAUCUCAUUCAUUCAUGUAAAUCAUGAAUUGCAGUUUAUAAUAUUUCGAAUUUUAAGCUCGAAAGCUCGUUUGACAUAACAUUAUCAUGGAGUUUGGAUCAUCUUACGUUGAGAGCCAAAUGCAGGCUGUAGCAGAGUACUCAAGACUGAGCUCGCCGCUCAGAAAAAAUACGCAAGCAUCUUCAAGUCUGAAAGAGAUGACGUGACUUCACGAGCACUUGAAAGUUUUCGGAAUUACUGCAUUCAAACUUCUUCUGCUGGUACUUGGAAGUUCCCACGAUGGGAGAGAGACUCUAUCUGAACGCAGAACAGCAACGCAGAAAUUGAUAGCGAAAGCUUACAGAGAAGAUAUCUUGGCACGCUUUCGGGCUCCAUUUUCCAUCUCUCAUUGAACUGCAGCAGCUGACACGAGAUUUAGCUCUUCAUCCUGAACAGGACGAGG